UCCCACGUUCGCGCUGGAUUCGCUCAGUUUCAGUUUUUAACGAUGCAUCCCAUUCUAAGCGGGACUGGGUGGUAGAAUCGUUGCAUUGGUAUAUUAAUCCCUCAUUCGGAUGCAUCUUGUUGUAACAAAAAAUGUUCUGUAAUAAUUACCCAUACAUUUUCCCCGCGCUUGGGAAUUCACUGCACUGGCUGUCAUGAAUUGUAAACAAAGCGCGCCGGGUGCGUUGUAAAAUUACAUAAACAGAAAACGGUUCAAGUGCGGCGAUGGGAGUGAUGAUGGUUCGGCUGCUGGUUCUGUGAAUUUCGUGCACGCUUUGGUCCGACACGCAACAAAUGGCCAAACGGGUUUGGUCCGUUUUUGGCACAAUCUCGCGACGAACAUGUUACCACUCGUCACGCAAUGUGCCACGCAAACGGUCGGUAAGGCACGGAAUUGCAUACGGACUGGCCGGUAGCAUCGUCGGGGCCGCCGCGUACGACGGUUGGGCGAACGGGUUUGAAAAUGUGCAAGGCGCGCAACGUUUCGCACGAUCGUUUGCCAUCGGACUCAGCAUAUCGCUCGAUUACGCCUGGAGCUUGCGUGGUUUGCAGGAAGGCGACGGCCGGUACGAAACCGUACUGCCCGAGAUUCACCUACGCUCGGCGAAAAAGCUGCUCGACGGGUGCCUCGCCAACGGUGGGCUGUACAUUAAGAUCGGACAAGGCGUGGCGGCGGUUAAUCACAUCAUACCGAAGGAGUACGUCGAUACGCUGCGCCAGCUGGAGGACCGCUGUCUUACCCGGGAACCGGGCGAGGUGCGGUCGUUGUUCGUGGAAGAUUUCGGCUCACCGCCGGAAGACUUGUUUGCCAGCUUUCAGUACGAAGCGAUAGCGGCUGCCAGCCUGGCCCAGGUGUUCCGGGCCGUCACGAAGUCGGGUGAACAGGUUGCGGUCAAGGUGCAGUACGCCGAUCUGCGCAAACGGUUCGAUGGCGAUCUGCGCACGAUCAUCUUCCUGCAGAAGCUGGUAGCGUUGCUGCACAGCAAUUACAACUUCGGCUGGAUUAUAGACGACCUGCAGGGAACGCUGCGGCAAGAGCUGGACUUUGUGCACGAGGCCAAAAACGCCGAACGCUGCGCGAAGGAUUUGGCACGGUUGGAGUUCGUGCACGUGCCGAAAGUGCUUUGGCACCUCACGACCGAACGCAUUCUGACGACGGAAUUUAUCGACGGGUGCAAAAUAAGCGACCGUCAUUCGAUUGCAGCAAUGCGGCUCGAUCUGUCCACGGUCGACCAGCACCUGUUUACCGCCUUCGGGCAGCAAAUCUUCGCGACCGGCUUCGUGCACGCCGACCCACAUCCGGGGAACGUGUUCGUUCGCCAGAAUCCGGGCAACCCGAAGCGAAUGCAGCUGGUACUACUGGACCACGGACUGUACGAACAGCUAGACCCGGCGGUGCGACAAAAUCUUUGCCGCUUUUGGGAAGCAAUCGUGCUGCGGGAUCACGCGGCCAUGAAGUACUCUGCGAGCGCGCUAAACGUAGCCGAUUAUCGUACGUUUGCGGAGAUACUGUUGCAGCGGCCGCUCGAACUGAGCGCCAUGGGUGGCAAGUUCUCGACCCGGCUCACCGAACAAGAUCUGGCAUACAUGGCAAAGCAGGCGAAGGAACACUUUGACCGCAUCAUGGGCACGCUAAAGUCUAUGCCAAGGAAUUUGAUUCUGGUUUUACGCAAUUUAAACACGAUACGCUCGAUCGCACGGGACCACGGUGAUCCCGUCGAUCGACCCACCAUACUGGCUCGCUGUGCAUUGGCUGCCCUCUGCCCAUCUCGGCGCGAUGUGCGCAACUUUUUGUGGAUCACUUUUCGCAAGUUGCGCUUCGAGCUGCUGCUGUGGCGACAAUCGUUCCACUAUUGGAUCGUAGGCAGCUACCUCCGACUGCUGACGAGAAUCGGACGUUCGCCGGACACCUCGCAUCUGAUGAAUAUUAAUAUUGACGUAUAGGACGCUCGCAAUCUAUUGCGAUCCAUUGACACAUUGAUUGCCGCUUGAGGGAUGCUUUGUACAGCUGGCUUAGUAUGUAAUAAAGUUAAUUGACUGAAGUAUGUA